AUGGACGUCGGAGGUGAUCCAUGGAGUGAUCCUCACCAGCGUCCCAUGUCCAGAUUCCGGUCAAUUGGAAUAUGGAAAUUGCCGCUAUGGCAUCCGAGUCAUCCGCCUGAGUUCCAGAUCCACGGCAGCGAGUCUCUGGUACGAUCGGGCGGUGAGGCUCCGUGGGGUAUAUUGUAUGCAACAUGGAUGGAACGAUAUGGGAAAGCUCGCACUCUCGACGUUCAUCAAGUGACAAGAGACAUGUUCGAAGAGCCGCAAAGCUUUCAGCAUGACGUGGGCAAGGAAGCGAGACGCAGCCAAGCAAUGCACCGUCGACAACUGCAGUCAUUAUUGGUGGGCGAAAUUACGUGUGCCGGCCGUAGUGCCGUUCGGCACUGCGCUUUUGGUGUUGAGGUUUUGGUGGUCCUCUUCGGAACACGGAGUCGCGGUCGGGAUUCACGGUCGGGAUUCACGGUCGAAAAGUCACUGCCCCUCCGUCGCUCCGCUCCCGCCCACUACCCAGGCGCUAUAUCCAGAAUUGUGGCUGAAUUCGAGCUGUCAGAUGCGAUUCGAGUCACGCAGAGAUCGUGUCACUCGGCUCUAGGACGUAUGAACCGAUAUAAACAUGGGCUCUUGUAA